AUGCCUCCAACUCCUAAACAUUUCAACUACGUCGUCAUUGGCGGUGGGUCCGGUGGUGUCGCUUCUUCUAGAAGAGCUGCUUCUUAUGGUGCCAAAGUGCUUUUGGUCGAAUCAAAGCGUAUUGGCGGGACUUGUGUCAAUGUCGGGUGUGUUCCAAAGAAAGUGAUGUGGUAUGCUAGCGAUAUGGCCCAACGUAUUACUCAAGCAAGAGACUAUGGUUUUGGUUUGGUCGAACCGGAAUUCAGCAAGACUUUCAGUUGGGGGGCCUUCAAGGAGAAGCGUGAUGCUUACGUGAAGAGAUUGAACGGUAUUUACGAAAGAAACUUGGCCAAAGAAGGGGUUGAGUUGUUAUACGGGACUGCAUCUUUCAACAAAUCCGGGAACGUCGAAGUCAAGACCCUUUCGAAUGAAAUCCAAGAAUUCACCGCCGAUAAGGUGUUGAUCGCCACCGGUGGGAGAAGUGUUUGGCCAACGAAUAUUCCUGGUUACGAAUACGGUAUUGACAGUGACAAAUUCUUCGAAUUGGAAACCCAACCAAAGAAGGUGGCCAUUGUUGGUGCUGGGUACAUUGGGAUUGAAUUUGCCGGUGUUUUCCAAGGAUUGGGUUCCGAAACCCACUUGAUCAUUAGAGGGCAAACCGUGUUGAGAAAGUUUGACGAAAUCAUUCAGAACACGAUUACCGACCAUUACAUCAAGGAAGGUAUCAAUGUCCACAAAUCCAGCAAUGUCACCAAGGUUGAAAAAUUGGAGUGUGGUCAAUUGAAGGUUCACUUGGACAAUGGCGAACCGCUUGUUGUCGAUACUUUGAUUUGGACCAUCGGUCGUAAAUCUUUGAUCGACAUUCACCCAGAAAACAUUGGGCUUAAAUUGAAUAACCGCGAGCAAGUUGUUGUUGAUGAAUAUCAAAACAGUAAUGUCGCCAACGUUUUCUCCUUGGGGGAUGUGGUUGGAAACGCCGAAUUGACUCCAGUGGCCAUUGCUGCCGGUAGAAAAUUGGCCAACAGAUUAUUUGGUCCUGAAAUUUACAAGAAUGAUAAAAUGGAUUACACUAAUAUUCCAUCGGUGAUUUUCUCUCACCCUGAAGCUGGGUCAAUUGGUCUCACUGAAGCCGAAGCAAUUGAAAAAUACGGUGAAGAAAACGUCAAGGUUUACAAAUCAAGAUUCACCUCGAUGUAUUACGCCAUGCUGGAACACAAGUCUCCUACCGCUUAUAAAUUGGUGGUUGAAGGUAAGAAUGAAAAAGUUGUGGGAUUGCAUAUUGUUGGUGACAGCAGUGCCGAAAUUUUGCAAGGUUUCGGGGUUGCCAUCAAAAUGGGUGCCACCAAGGCUGAUUUCGAUAGCUGUGUGGCGAUUCACCCAACCAGUGCCGAAGAAAUUGUUACUCUUAGAUAG